CCAGCUCUGACGUUCCUUAUCACCCCAAUGUCAUAAAAAUACACUGCCGGUUUAUAAUAUCCUCUACGACACGUCCACACGCAGUGUCACCAUCACAGGCCCAGCUCACCAUCAAACCACCACCAUCAUGGGCCACAAACAGCAUGAUACGCCCAAAAAGGCACGACUACGUGGUGCCUUUACAUUUCUCACUGAAAAUGGCUACAAGUUUAAGAAAUUAGACCUAUAUGAGUUCUUCGACAUCAGCGAGAGGACAGGUCGCGAGUAUCUGAGGGACCCGUACGGGUGUGACCGUACCCGCCAUAACAACCCGGAUCUCCCAGAGGCCCGCGGGCGCAAGCGGAAGGUCGUCGACGAAGACGCUGUCGACGAGAAUGGAAAGCCUGUUAAGAGGAGGAAGAGGCAACCCGCAAAGAAGAAGAAUAAUUCUCGAAAGAAAACAGGCGCAGUGAAGGCUCCUACGCGCGCCUCGGAGAAACAAACUAGUGGCAAUCCGCCGGCAAACGAAUUACCAAAGGCAAUACCACAAGCAGUACCACAAGCAGUACCACAUGCUGUCGACCAACUGCCUGGCCUGUCUCAACCUGGCCCAUCCCAAGCUCAACCCGUUCCCUCUGGCAGCUAUGUCAGCUCUUACACCUCUAGUUACACUUUCUGGUAA